AUGACCCUGCUGAUAUGCGGAGGUCCGUUGCCAGAGCUAUUGAACGAGCUUGUCAAUGGCAAGCCGUUUGCUUGGUACAGACCCUCCGACCCGAUCAAGCAAUUGCUGGUUCAGAGGGUCCUCUUCGUGUGUUGGCGAAACCCGCAUCUGGCUUGUCUCGAUCACAAGCUCCCUGGCCGUCGCUACCCUCCCCGUGGGAUCAAUGUGGAAGGCAAUGUGUUGAAGAUCUUCCUACAACGUCCUGUAUUUGUGAGUGUAGGUGCAUUGAAGAUGCUGAUCCGAAUAUGCCACUCAGUGCUGGGAGAGCUCCUCGAUCAAGACACAAUGCAAUUGGCUUGCCGACACGCCCCAGCCGAAGUUUUGGCCCAAUUGCAGCACCUAAUCCCCACAAACGAUGAACUCAUGUACUCAAAUGCCUUGGGACGCCUGGGCGACACAGAAGCAAAACUGUUGAUCAAGAGAUGUUCAACUACCAUCCCACCUCGAGUCACGAUUCAGGCGCUCCUUGGGCGCAACCACGAUAUAGUGCAGUUUGCCUUGGACACUUACCCCUCGACAGCAACUGAAAUCAUAUUGAACCUUCGCCAUGGGGCUUUGUCGGACACAGAGUCCAUUGGUCUGCUGAUGUCCCGCACUCAGAGGCUCCAGCUCUUCUACCCUUCGUCUGAUCCUGAAUUUUCACUGCUACUGCUACAUCAUCUCAAGGCCAACACUUCUUUGGUGACGCUUGACCAGAUAAGCAUCCUGAACCACAAUGGUACGACGAUUGAGGAACUGUUACAAGCUUUCAAAGAAGCAAUGCAAACCAACCAAAAGCUGCAAACCCUACGAAUGCACCUGGCCACGCCUCUCGGGCACCUGGACUAUAAUACUGUGCCGAUGUGGAUUCACGCGAUCCGUGAGAGCUGUUUUGGUGAUGAGAGUACAUUAGGCAGGGAGGUUGAAUUUUGCAGCGGAGAAUGGGUCCGAACGGAAUACACUGCGGUCAAAAGUCCAAGUGGCCAUAUGGAAGAAUCCUUGCACCUUGCUCCUGACCAAAUUGAAGAAGAAGCUUUCAAAGCCUUUUGCAUCCGUGAGAUUCCCACGUACUCGCGUCUGGUUUCCCUGACGCUGAGUGGAAACAGAUCAAACAAUAGUGUGGCAGAGUGGACAAGGUUGGUCGUGGACAUGAUUCGUUCUGACAUCAAUGUGCCCGUGUUAUGCGUCAAGCAACAACGAGUGGGGGUGCUUCCUAUUCUUCAUGCUCUCAAGGCCAACUCCAAUCUGCUCUCCUUUGAGUUUGGCCCGUGGUCUGAAACAGACGAUCAACACGCAGAGGAGGGGGAGCCCCGGGAAGAGUGGGCUGCUUCCUCCUCGACUGCGGUGGAGGAGGAGAACCCACUUGCAGCACUCUGGCACGGGGCAACCAUGGAAAGAAUCCAAUAUAGACGUUCCAAGAAGAGCAGCGUUGUGCCUUUUCUGGAAGCGCCUUUGCAAUGGACUAGCCUCGGAGUGCUGUAUGGUGUGAUGAGAGAAACAUCAGGGGUAUGGUCCACACGCAAGUGA